CAUUAGCAUUUCAUAUCUGGAGAAGCUUGGUCUGAUGAACCUUAGUGUCAGUUUGUUACGAAACCGAAAUUUAUCCUUGUAUGCUUCAGGCUGAAGGGUAGAAGUGGAAGAGAACUAUUCAAAUGUUCGCGAUUUGUCGAACCACAAGCAUUUGAAUCUCGAAGGACGAAGAAGACAUGACUUUCCGUGUGGUAACUACAAUUUGCUUCAUUCUCGGACUUUCCGUCACCCGAGUGGUUUAUGGCGAGAAAUGCGGAGAUGUUUUUGACGAUUUACCCGCAUCUUGCUGUCCCGCAAAGUACGUGGAUGUCUGUUGUCCGUUUGCAAAACCGUGUAACGCCUUAGCAGCGACACCUACUCCUAGUAUGAUGACAUCAAGUCCAACGCAGAGAAGCGGGGGAAAACCGUUUUGUAUGAAACCUCAAAAUUCGUCAGCCUGUGAGGCAGGAUUUUUCUUCAACAAAAGUUUGAAGAGACUCGAACCCUGUCCUGAUGGCUUCUAUUGUCCCCAGGACCAACUCUGUAUCAUACCAUGUCCAAAGGGAGCAUACUGUGUCAAGGAUAAAAUAGUUAACGCCACGAAAAAAUCACCCCAACUGUGCCGCGAGAGUGGAAAAUGCUGCAGCCCUUCUCAGUCCAUCCCUAUCUUUGAUUCUUCUAAGUAUAUUUGCCCUGGAGCCCAGCUUCCAGUUCCCUGUCCUCCAGGCAACUAUUGCCCAAACGUCACCAUUCAAAAGACGUGUCCAAGUGGAUAUUUCUGUCGGAAUGGAAGCGUGGAACCUCAAGACUGUCCGAUUCUCUCCAUAUGCAAGAAAGGGUCUUCAGCUCCUGUCAGCGCUCCUGGUGGUGUUUUACUCAUCUUUGCAAUAUUGCUGGUGAUGCUGUUGCUUUUGCUUUGUUUCAACUACGAAGAAAAACUUAUAGAAUGGUGUGAACGUUAUGUAACAAAGAGACUCUUCGCAAAGCGACGGUCAAGAAUGGAAGAGGAUAUCCGGAGGAACACUUUGGAUAAAUACCGAGAGGAGGCGGAGCCCAAGACACAAACCAUCACCAUUCGUUUUCAAAACCUUAGCCUCUCUCUUAAAAAGACAAAAGUAGCCAUUCUUCAAGGCGUGUCCGGACAACUCCUACCUGGGGAAGUAACUGCAGUAAUGGGUCCCUCAGGAUCCGGCAAAACAACGUUCCUCAAUACCCUUAGUGGAAAAGCCUAUUAUGGGAAACGCGCGGGUGAAGAUAUCAUGCACAGAACACUGACAGUAAAGGAGGUUUUGAUUUAUCAAGCAAAUCUCAGGUUGCCAUCCUCGAUUUCUCAAGAAGAAAAGAAAAGAAAAGUCAACGAGGUCUUGGAUCUUCUUGAUUUGGCGCACGUCAAGAAUACAAAGAUUGGAGACGAGGAAUCAAGAGGCAUUUCUGGAGGGCAAAGGAAACGCGUCAACAUAGGAAUGGAAUUGGUGACUGACCCGACGUUGCUUUUUCUUGAUGAACCGACGAGCGGUCUAGACAGUACUUCAAGUUUGAUGGUUGUGGAUGCGUUAAAGGCCGUAGCCGAAGAAAAGAAACUGACAAUUGUUUGCGUCAUUCAUCAGCCAAGAUACGAAAUAUUCAGUAAAUUCCAUAAAGUUCUCUUUCUUGCGCCCGGCGGACGAACCGUCUUCCUUGGAAGUAUACCAGAGGCAGAAAACUACUUUGAUAUGAUUGGAUUUCAAACGCCCGAGAGAGUGAACCCAGCAGAUUUUUACAUGGAUGUCAUUGGCGGAUUGUGUAAGGGCUCUGAGGAACCAACUAGUACUUUACCCGAGCGUUGGGAGGAGUAUGCUGCUGAAAACAACGCGGGCGCUGAAAACACUGACUGUGCUGAUGGCAGUCAGGCAGUUCUAGUCGACGGGAUAGAGCAAUUGUCUCUUAGAUCUAUUCUGGGACUGUUUAGGAGAAACCAAAACAAAGAUCAAGACAGGCAGAUGCCCAACUUUUUGAUUCAGUUCAUCACGUUUCUUCGUCGUGAGAUUCGACUGCAGUUUCGUUUGUCACGAUCCCUUCUUCUGGAUCAGUUCUUGGUGUUACUUGCAGGGGGUACCCUUGGGGGAGGAUCCCCUCCCCUGCCAAAUUCCUGGAAAGACGCUAGUGCAUCAGGAAACAACGACAAAAACUACACAAUUUUAUCUGACAGACUGAUUCACCCAUUAAUCAACACUCUGUGUUUACUUGCGGUGCAAAAGAUUGACAUAAUUCUAUUCCUAUCUCGCACUGAAUAUGCAGGCAGUUCUCCUACACUGUGUAAAAUGGCAGAGAGCGUGCUGGGUCCAGUGAUCUACAGCCUGUCUUACUGCCGCUGGUACCUGGAGGCGCUGUUUGAAAAGGAAGCUAUUCGUUACCCAGAAGUCAUGGCGGGCUAUGUGCAUAGGCUAUCGACAAGGAAUGGUUAUACACUGGAUAACUACAGCUCUUGUGUAGGAGUCUUAUUUGCCAUGGGAUUUGCUUACCGAUUGCUGGCUUUGUUGUUUAUGUUGUUUACAAAUAGGGGGAAGCAACAUUAGCUGCAUCUUGUUGUUCGAGAAAUCUGGAGGAAAGCGUGUUAUUGUUAAACUUAAGCGUGGCUUUAAAUUAGAUAAUUAAAUUAAACGUUCCUCAGUAGCUGAUUUAUAAAAGCAUACUCUCCAACUCAAAGUAAUGGUCUCGGUUAACCUAUGUUGUGUUGGCACAUAAUUUUAGAUUGGUGUAAGGAGCUUUUUUAAGCAUCUGAUUUUAACUUUUCAUGUUAUGUUUGUUGUUCUCCGUGCAGUAGGUUUGAGUUGAGUGAACUGCAAGUUGUCUAGGUGUAAUAAGUAUAGUGAUUAUAAAACCGAUAGCUAACGACUUCAAGAGUCUAUAGAUACUUUGUGCACCGCACACUAACGGAAGAACCUUUAAUAAUCAUUGAAUUAGUCCGUGUUAAAUAAAAUUGUGUUGUUGAUUGUC